ACACAAGUGCACAUCUCGAGUUGCUUUAAUAAAACGCUGAAAAUGACGGCAAACUUAUAGUUUGUUCUGUUUUGAGUUCAUUGCAGAGUGUAUUCAAGUGCGGACUCGCGCGGUUCCUCCAUACGAGUCGCAACACUAACACACGUGUGUCAUUACUCAUUAAACACUAGCACUACCUACUUUAAAGUGUGGGCGCUUAUCUGCAAGGGCUAACAACAGAAAUUAUUUACCAACAGAAUUGGAAGCGCUGUUGCUCCCUCUGCCGUCGCCGCCAUCAUGAUCCCAACCAUAACCAAGAACUAUCAGAACGUAGUGAUUAGCACGGGCAACAUCAUUAACAAUGAACUGGGGCGCAAAUCAAACGAGGAGCUGUACGAUGGGCUGAAAAUAACACUGCACAGUGACCCAAAUGCGGAACGCGUGGUUGUCGAUAUCGAUGAGCUGCACGGCCGUGUGCAAAGGGCCACCCAGGAGCUAAACAGCAAGCUGACGGAGAACGGACGCAAUGAGAUUAGCAUUGGUGCCAAGAUAUUCCUUAACAAAAACUCAUGUGAUUGCGUGCGGGAGGCCGUAGACACCCUUCUAAACAUACUCAAUGUGACUCAUGUAGAUAAUGUAGUAUUGGCCUAUCAUCCCAAUGUAACGGGCACAGCUGGCGCCGCAAAAUCCGUUGCCAGCGCAACGUCAGCGGCCACAACAGCAACAACGGAGACUACAAAAACACCUUGCAGUGACGAUGAUGUAGGUGGCAGCAGCAGCAGUGGCAGCGUCAACAGUUGGAGUGCGCGCAAUGGCGCCGAAGGAUUGGCCGAACUGAAAGACCUAUAUAAAUGUUUGGAACUAUAUGCACAACAGAAAAAGAUUACACAAUUGGGCCUGGCCGAUCUGGAUGUAGAGGCACUUCGAGAGUUGCAUAAGACAGCAAAAGUUGCGCCCACCAUUGCACAGGUGAAUCUAGCCACCUGUUGCGUGGUGCCGGUGGAUCUGCAGGACUUUUGCACCGCCAACGAUAUACAACUCAAUACCCACGGUGAUCCAGAGUUGCUGUUGCGCGAGGAACAGUUCCAGGGCUUAGCUCCAGGCUAUAUAAUUGAUUGGUCACUGCGCUACCAGGUUCAUGUACGUUGUCGAGGCGUGCUUACGGCCAAGGGCUACAUUGUUGGUGCCUCAAAGCCGCGCGCUAAAUAAGGCAAGGCGGGGUUGACCCUCGACCGCAUCGUGUUUUAAGGCAUAGUUCGAAGCUAAGGUGUAGAUUAU